UUGUGCGCUACACACGUGACUCUCUCCCGCUGUCGUGCCGGGCUGUCAGCUAACCGUUAACAGUUAAACGCAACUCAAUAAGUUUACAGCACUUACAGUAACUGUAAUCUUGUAACAGUGUCAAAGAAGAUAAUUAGAAAAGCUGCUUGACGUUGAGCCGAGAGUGUACUACAUUUUGCCUCUGUGUGCGUGUGUGUGUGUGUGUCUUUGAGUGUGUUUCCCUGUGUGUGUUGUAAAUGUCUCUGAACGCAGAUCGUUCAUACAAAAUGAAGCUGCGCGAUGUGGAAAAUGCCUUCAAAUAUAGGCGCAUACCUUAUCCUAAGCGGUCUGUGGAGCUGAUUGCCUUGCUGGCCAUAUCGUGCACCUUCUUUCUGUUCAUGCACACAAACAAAUUAAACAGUCGUCUGAAGGAAAUGGAGGUGAAGCUGCAGCCAUCCGAAUUCUCGGCCCUGGGACUAACUGGCAAUCACAUAAGCGGACAUGAUGCGGGCAAGCACGAUGAUAUUAACACACUCCAUGGCACCUAUCAAUAUUUGAAGAGCACUGGUCAGAUGGCCACGCUUAAUGUGCGCGAUCUGAACAACACGCGCAAGGCCCAGAUGGAGCUGGUCUUCUUUAAUCGCGUGCCCAAGGUGGGCAGCCAGACAUUUAUGGAGCUGCUGCGUCGCCUGUCGGAGCGCAACAACUUUCAGUUUCAUCGCGACGCCGUCCAAAAGGUGGAGACCAUACGCCUGGCCGAGGAUCAGCAGCAGGAAAUGGCCGAGGUCAUCAGUGAGCUGCCCGAACCAUCAGUGUUCAUUAAGCACGUCUGCUUCACCAACUUCACCAAGUUCAAUUUGCCCACGCCGAUUUACUUGAAUGUGGUGCGUGAUCCCGUGGAGCGUGUGAUUAGUUGGUUCUACUAUGUGCGUGCUCCUUGGUAUUUUGUGGAGCGCAAGGCGGCAUUCCCAGACCUGCCGCUGCCGCAUCCAGCCUGGCUGAAGAAGGACUUCGAGACGUGCGUGCUCAGCGGUGAUCAGGAGUGCACCUACACUCAAGGCGUCACAGUCGAGGGCAUUGGCGAUCAUCGUCGCCAGAGCUUGUUCUUCUGCGGACAUGAUUACGAGUGCACUCCCUUCAACACGGUGGGCGCCUUGGAGCGUGCCAAGUUUGCUGUGGAGCAGCAAUACGCCGUGGUUGGUGUCCUGGAAGACUUCAAUACAACGCUCUCUGUAUUGGAGAAAUAUGUGCCACGCUUCUUUGAGGGCGUGCGGGAUAUCUAUGCGAAUAGUGCCGAGUAUCUGACCAAGAUCAACAAAAACAACUUCAAGCCGCCUGUGAGCGAGCACGUCAAGGACAUCGUGCGUCGCAACUUCACAAAUGAAAUCGAGUUCUAUCAAUUCUGUCGCCAGCGACUGCACAAGCAGUACCUGGCUGCCCACCUGCCGCAGCGGAUUAUAACGGCACAUGCAGCAGCAAUAGAGCGCAACUGAGUCAACCUCCGGGCGCAAUGCUGUUCACAUUUGUAAAAAUAAUAAUCGAUCCUGUAGCCAACUGCGCUACCCUUCCAUACGAG